GUGGAAGUGAUCUUCAUUCCUGAUGUCAAAUAUGCCAGACUCUUUAGGAUUUGGCUUAUAAAUAGACACUUAACAUAGCUCAUUUUAAUUACCUAGCUUCAAACUAAGUUUUACUUUUUGCUGAAAAAGGUAUGGAAAGUGUUAGCAGUCACAAAAAAUGGCAAGGAAAGGCACGCGUAGAACUAGCUGGUGUGAAGGCUGAAGAAGUUUGGCCUUUCUUGGCAGACUUCUGCGGCCUAAACAAGUGGUUUCCAACUCUUAGCACAUGCAUUAGGGUAGAGGGUGUCGAGGGUCAGCCUGGAUGUGUUCGCUACUGUGCUGGGUUUAAGACCCACAUAGAGCAUGCCAAUGAGAACCAUGUGAACUGGACUAAGCAAAAAUUGCUGUCCAUUGAUCCAGAUAACAUGACCUUUAGCUACUCGAUCAUAGAUGGGAAUGUCGGGUUCAGCUCAUAUGUGUCCAAGGUGAGAGUAUUGCUGCAGGUAGAUGGGUGUGUUAUUGAAUGGGAUUACGAGGUUGAGCCAGUGGAAGGGUGGAAACCCAAGGAUUUGGAUGAGUUUAUUGGUAAAGGGUUGAAAGUUAUGGCCAAACGGAUGGAAGAAGCUCUCAAAGGUCGUGCUAUGAACUAGUUGCUUAAGCUCUAUCAGUUGGUUAACUAUAUAGCUUAAAUUCAUUGCUAAUGUCAUUUUAAUUUUGUUUUAUCAGUAGUUUGAUGGAAUAAAAUGAGGUAUCAUGGCA